AUGGGGAUCAUGAGACAUGUGCGGCUUAACAAUGAUUCCAGCUCCGACCAGUCUUUUCCGUCUUUGGCAAAAGCCACCGAGGCCGAAAUCGAAGCUGCCCGCAAGAUUGUCAGAGAUGCCAUUGCCAAGGCGUCCGUUUUGAAUAAGGCCCGGCUGCAGAAUCCUGGUCGCAACCGUUACUCCCUAGCACCAGGAACUAUUGUGGGCAACCGCAACAUUGACAAACGCUCUGAAAUCCCAGUAUCGGGAGCGAAGCCUCCGCCUCUACUUCGUAUCACUGAUGAGAUCGCGGCGGCGGCGGCUCUCGUUGCCGAGGCCGAUGCCCAGGUGUCGGGGAAGCAGUCCAGACGCGUUAAUAAGCGCAGCUCCUUCUGGAUGGAGAAUGUCUCCCGGAAGGGAACCUCCCUGUGGGCCGACAACGCUGAUACCUAUGUGAUAUUCCGAAAUGUCAAGGAUUACGGUGCAAAGGGAGACGGUCGAACGGAUGACACGGCCGCCAUCUUGAAGGCUAUGGGUGAUGGCAAUCGUUGCGGUGUCGGCUGCAACGGGUCGACCAUCAAGAACGCCAUCGUUUACCUCCCGGCGGGCCAGUACCUGGUGUCGACUAGCAUCGCCGUCCUCUUCGGCACUCAACUCAUCGGUGAUGCCACAGACAUACCGACUAUCAAGGCGGCCGCCAGCUUCGUUGGUCUCGGCGUCUUAAGCACCGACGUCUACGUCGGCGAUGGUGCUAGUGCGGACGGCAAGGAUAACGAGUGGUAUAUCAACACGGCCAGCUUCUAUCGCCAGAUCCGCAACGUCAAGGUCGACAUCACUGACACGGAUCCCAACGCCGCCGUCUGCGCUAUUCACUACCAGAUCGCCCAAGCAACCAGCAUACAGAACGUCGAGCUCAUCGCCAAGAGUGGUACCACCCAACAGGGAAUGUUCUCGGAAAAUGGCAGUGGAGGAUUCAUGUCUGAUGUCACUUUCACCGGUGGGAAAUUUGGUUUCUGUAAGCUGCUUACCAACUCCAACUUGAUGACAUUUAAAGGCUGUGACACGGCCGUGCAGAUCAUCUGGGACUGGAGCUGGACCUGGAAGAGCGUCACCAUCACUGACUCCUCGGUCGGGUUCAUGCUCGAUCCGUCCGCCGAGUCCAGCCCCAUCGGCUCCAUCCUCGUCAUGGAUACUGUCUUCAACAAUGUGGAGAAGGCUAUUGUGAUCGGCCCGGCGUCCGAGGCCCCGAACACAGGCACCACGGGCCUCGUGCUUGACAAUGUCCAGUUUAACACCGUCGACUACGGUGUGGCUGACACGGACGGGAAUAUGUACCUUGCGGGGUCCGAGAACGACGGCAGUGUGCAGAGCUACAUCCUCGGGCCCAUGUACAACGGUACGGACCGGUCAUGGGUUGAAGGGGGAUCUGAGAUGUCGCUUAGGAAUGGCGACCUCCUGAAUCUUAACGUCACUGGUGAGCUGCCUAACGUGGCGUUUUUCGAAAGGCCCAAGGAGCAAUACGAGAGCAACACGGCCGACGACUUCGUCCAUCUAAAGGACCUCGGCGCGAAAGGCGACGGGAGCACCGACGAUACGGCGGCGGUCCAGGCGGCUCUGGACGACAACGCAGGCAGGAAGAUCAUCUUCGCUGACGCGGGGAUUUACAUACUGACCGACACGGUAACCAUUCCACCCGGGACUAAGAUUGUCGGCGAGGCAUGGACCCAGUUUGCUGCGAGUGGCGCCAAAUUUUACGAUGGCAGCGAGCCGGUACCAAUGCUAAGAGUUGGUAACGACGGCGACGUCGGGUUGGUGGAGAUGCAGGAUCUUCUAUUCACAACCAUUGGGCCAACUCAGGGAGCCAUCCUCGUCGAGUGGAACAUCAGAGCAGACAGCCAGGGAUCGGCUGCGCUUUGGGACUGCCACGCUCGCAUUGGUGGAGCAAUAGGCACAAGACUAGAUGCUACCUAUUGCGCCGCCUUCUUCACAGCACGCGGUAUGCUUGUCGAAAGCAUCAAUCCGACAUGGCCGUACGCCACAGCGUCCGAACAUGCAGCCCUUUACCAGUUCAAUUUCUACGGAGCAGAGUACGUAUUUGGUGGGCUGCUACAGAGAGAGUCUUCAUAUUACCAACCCAGUCCCAAAGCCCCUACACCGUUCGAGAGCGUGCUUGGCGAAUUCGACGGGUGCGACUCGUCAUGGGCCUUCGUGGUGAGGUGGUGUCAGAACAUGCGCUUCGUAGGCAUGGGCGUCUACUCGUGGUUCUCCGACUACACCCAGGACUGCAUCGACCUCCACAGCUGCCAGCAGGCGCUAGUCCUGACACAGAACAACUUCGACAACGUCCGGUUCGAUCAGGUCAUCACCAUCGGCGCAAAUACGUCCAUUGUGGCUGACGGCAAGGGGAUUCCCGCGCUCGACAACCUGGCGGUAUCUGACAAUGACGCGUCCUGGUCGCAGAUCUCCGUCUUCGACGCCGUCUCAAUGGGUACUGGUGAUUCUGAUGAGGAUGAGACUGUGCCGGCUUGCGACUUCACCAAGACGUACGACUCGUUGCAAGCCGUGCAGGAUGAUGAGAAAAACAUGCCGUAUGGGUGUGGUCCCGUGUACGUGAUGGGAGUCCUAAGUGACAUGCUCGGCGAGGCCCUAGACAACUACACCGACAGCGGCAACGGUUACGAUAAAAAGUUCGACGCCUACGUGGAAUACAUCAAGGAGCUGGUGCCCGCACAGCUGGACUACUGCAUGAACUGGACAAACCCCGAUGCCCCGGGUGCAUGCAACAAGUAUUUCACAUGUAUCUACAACGGCGACAAUGGCCACGGCAACAGCUCCUCGACGACAUGCCCGCCACCCGGCCUCAACUACUACUCAAACCCGAGCUUCCAUCUGUACUACACCCUGGUCGAUGAAACCGGCUUCUUCGCCGAGAUCGAGAGUUCGUUCGGCAUCGUCAAGGACUGGGUGCAGUUUGGCAAGCGAGACGACCCGCUGACAUGCACCGUGGAAAAUAACUUCCAGUGCCCUCCAGAGGACAAGAUCUCCUACGGCUACCCCAUCCCAGCCGCUAGCUACACGGUGGACAACCCCAAGGACAUCUUCACCAACGCCUCUUUAGGCUUCGCCAACUUGCAAGAAACCAUGUUCUCCGUCCAAGCCGACAUGGUGGCUGGUUGGUGGAACGGUACUGACGCCGACGCCGCGUCGGUGAUGGCUUUCCCGGUGAUGAUGGCCUACCAGGCGGCGCAGGCGAUGCAGCAGGUGGUGGUGAUCGGCACCGAAGUGCAGAACGCGGACCGGAAGAAGCUAAUCUUCGAGAUUCUAGGCGCUGUGUUUAUGAUCAUCCCCUUCCUCGGCGAGGGGCUGGGCGCGGCCGCUGAUGUUGUGCUGCAGACGCUUAGCCGCAUCAUGAACUUAAUUGGGGUUUUUGGAAACAGCGCCUUUAGCAUCUACGCCAUCGUCAACGACCCCAGUUCCGCGCCCAUGGAGAUCAUGGCCUUGCUCAUGGGCGGAGCUGGCGGCAUUGGUGCGUUUGGGCGAAGGUCUGACGAGAUGGAGGAGCUGGCUUCGCUGCGCCGCGGCAUGGGCAAUGUUGAGAGAGACGCUCUUGGCACCGAGUUUAAAGCUAAUGAUGAUAUUAUCAGAGGCAUUGGCGCUGUAUGCUACAGGAAGUAAUUGCUUUUGUUUAAAACUUAGCUCGCUCAACGAGAAGGAGGAAUGGAAAAAUGAUUUCUAUCAAUUAAGAAGUUGUCUGUGUGGGCAGCGGCAGUUGGCUAUUGGGGCCGGGGUAAG